CAGAAAUUCCAGACUUUAUUGAUCGCGCACACAAGGAGUCGAGCUUACAUGCAGAAAUAAGAGAGAAUAUGACCAAAUUCAAGGAGAUCUGCGCAGCACAAGACCAAGAGAUAUUCCUGAAAAAAUGCGAAGAACGAAGAAGACGCUUGGGCACGAUAGGGAGUAAAGAGUCUCAAAAUGCAAUGGGCAAGAAAUCAGACUUUAAGCCCAAAGCCCCAAUGCUGAGUCAACUGCCAGAGAAGUGCCACCCAAACACAAUCGAACUUACGUCAUGGAGAGAUCUCCAGCCAGCGCUGCAACAGCCGGAGACAGCAUAUCUUCAAGAACUGAACCCGUUAAUCGAGACAUUCCUCCAGAGCAACUCCAAAGAAUCAAGCAAAACCUUUUGGAAUGCAAGACAUCAAACCAUGCUGCACGUCGAGGUUCUCGGGGCGAGGAACCUGGCAACACUGACACAAAAGCUGUUCAUAACUCUGGCGCCUGCACACGCAAUCGUACCCAUCAUCCGAGGACUGAUCACACAGCCAGGAGGGUGGCGCCUGGAAGGAUACAAAAACAUCGAGCAAUUCCUCCCCAUGAGAUUGGCAAGAGAUCUAGAAGAUGAAACCCACACGGCAACCUUCUUUGCAGUCAACGGAUGUACCAUGAACGGAACCUGUGCAAGAGCUGAAUGUCAAACAAAAGGACGACUGAUUCCGUUAUAUGACAAAAGCCAGAAAAACGAAGAAGCAUCAAUCCUCUUCUUCUGCAAAAGCUGUCAAUCACUGACUUCCGUCAAACCACCGGACUUCGAACCCCCAGAGCAAAUCAAUCAACACCCGACCAGGGAUGUAGAACGAUCAGGCAGGGUCAUCGUCUACUCAACAUCAUCGAGGAGGCUCAGAGUAAUCAACACGACCUCAUCCUGCUGUACCUCGACUUUGCAAACUUCUUUAACAAUGUGGCAGUCGAAUCCAUUGCAAAAAUCAUGGAAGUAUAUGGCUUUCACCAGUGUGAUGUAGACGUCGCAAUCAGUUGUAGCCAAGGGAUAGCGCUGCAAAUUCAGACAGAGAGGUUCGAAACAGCAGCCAUCCCACUUCUCAGAGGAUUACCCCAAGGCAGCCCCGCAAGUCCGCCAAAAACAAAUCUUCUGCUCAGCAUCUUGUCAAAACAGCUCGAUCAACAACAAGACGAGAUUGCAACUCAACACCCUAAUAAUCUGUCAUUUGCAGACGACCUUGUCCUGAUAGCACAUUCAGUGAGAGAGAUGAAAACGCUUGUCCAAGUGGUAGAGCGAUUCUGUCG